UCACGUGAUAGCUUGAGCGACUGACUCGCUUCACGCGAGAGAGGUCCGCUGAUAUCUGAUCUGAGAGGUAGAGAUCAGUGGAGAGGUCCUGCAUGCAUACCACGCACCCGGCGAAUUCCCGGCCGACGUGAUCCCGGUAUACGGUGCGCCCGGCUGAUGAUUCUCAUCUCUCGCGAGGCCGAAAAAUCAGUGAGAAUGAUGGAUGAAAAGAAGAGGAAAGGUUCUUCUCGUCGUGCUCACAAAAGUAACACAGAUAACAAUACAGUUACACUUACAGGUGCUAGUCCAUCUGGUCAUCAGCAGAAGCUUCAAGGGAGUGCUAGGGUCAUCAAGGACCACUGCGCUGAUUGGCACAAUCAUAUUGAGAAAUGGAAUGGAAUGAAUGAUGCAGGCUUCGACAUCAUCAACAAGAUUAUCAAUCUUAAACUUCAAUAUAAGAGUGAUAGGGAAAGCAAGCUUGAUGUUCAGACGAGGACCAAGAGUGAAGUAGAGUUCUUGAGUGAGCUGAAUGAUGGAAUGCCAGAAGGCCUCGAGGCACUGUGUGAACAGCUGACUGCCAUACAUACAUCUAUGACUACACUGAUGAGCAAGAUGGCAUCUAUCACUAAGCACUUCCAAGGUGUGGAGAAAUUGGAGCAGAAAAAGAAAUCUGACCAGGAUGCCAGUCCAUUGUUUACAAGCUGGUCAGUGGACAAGUUUGUUCAAGCCUCUCAGCAUCUUCAAGACAUGUACCAGAAGGAACUUGAGGUCAAGGAGGUGAUCGUCGAGGAUGUAGCUCACCAUGACAACCGUGACAUCAUGAUGAUGUAUGCCUCCUCCUGGCUACACCAGCCAUAUAUAGAAGAUGAUGCUAUCGUCACAUUGGAGAGUAUGCUUAUAGAGACAGGAUUUAGGUGACAGUACGA